CUGCAUCACACCUCCAAAAUUUAACCUUGACCUUUGUUGAUAGUAAACAUUGGAAAGGAAAAAACCCGGCCUAUCACGAAUGCUGUUUUGUUUCGCAAUAAAACAAAUCAGGUUUAAUUCUCCACUACCCAGGAAGUCUGUUCUGUAGCUUAAUGUUUGGAGUGGUUCAGUGUCCUAAAACUGGAGCGGUGGUGCACCUUACAAAGCAGCUGCUUUCACAUGCAAACAACAGAUCUAGAUGCCUUACAAGAGCCCUGACAGAAACACCUACAGGGCAGAAACAGACAACUAGACAAAUUCACACAGGUAAAGCAAGUCGCCUUGCUGGCCAUUUGUCUGAUCCUGAAAACAGGGGUGAGCGACAACGUGGUGUCAACUUUGACACCCUGGGUGCUUGGAACAACCGUAUAGAGCUACCCGUUAGUAUAGAGAAGAGCAUAGAGCGCGGCCAGCUAAUACCAGAUCUUCCAAUAGACAAUGUUGGUUCCGCGAGCCUGCAAGGGAGGCGGCAAGAAAACGAGGACCGCUUCAUUGUGAAGAAACUCCGCGAAAACUUGCUUUGCUUUGCAAUCUUUGACGGCCAUGGCGGCUCGGCGGCCGUCAACUUCGUGCACGAGAACAUCGAACAUCACAUCCGGUAUUGGCUCGGCCGCACGGAGAAGCUCGCUGACGUGCUCCGGAAAAGCUUCAUCGACGUUAACAAUCUACUUUCGCGCCACCUUGCGUUCCAAGGCGCGGAUGUGAUGACGGGAACCACGGCUACAGUGUGCCUGCUGCAAAACAGCAUUGAGCUUGUGAUUGGUCACGUGGGUGACACUCGGGCGAUUUUGUGUCGGGAGGGGGAGGCGAUACGUCUCAGCAAGGACCACACACCGGAAAACGUGGGCGAGAUUGAGCGCAUAAUAAAGGCAGGGGGAUCAAUUUCUGAAAAUAGCCUUGGUGUAGCCAACGUUAACGGACGCCUCUCCAUGACCCGCAGUAUCGGCGACUUUGAGCUGAAACAUUACGGCGUUAUAGCUGAUCCGUACAUCUGCUCGGUUACGUUGAAGCACGACAAGGACUCGUUCUUGCUGCUUGAGAGUGACGGUCUCAGUUUUGUCCUGAACGACCAGGAGCUGGUGGACAUUGUUACUUGUUGCUCCACGCCCCUCGAGGCGGCCGAGUUCGUCACCGAUCAGGCGCUACAGUUCGGUUCCGAGGACAACGUUACCGCCGUCGUGAUUCCGUUCGGCGCCUGGGGAAAGUACCGAAAUACGUCCGCCAGAAUCCCGUACAGCUUCGGCCGCCACCUCACCUCACACCGAUACUAGUGACAAUAGAGAUGUAGUAGUGCCAUUGACGCUUGACAUUAAGUUGGAAUCGUUUCUAGUCCAUUAUUUAGUUGAUUCGCCAUUCAUAGGUUGUCGGUCUUUCGAUAAAACAAGUCUAGAAAAUGACAGCCUUAAUUGGUGUCAUCUUGUGCUGCGAUGUGGAAAGCUUUUCUGUUGUCCAUUACUAAAUGAAAUGUUCAAAAUAUUCACGUGAAGCUAAGUACACAUCCUGUUAGCGUCUGAGCCUAUACCGAAGCCUUGUAUUGUUGACCUUGACCCGGUGAUCGAUUGGGAAAAAAACCGGACGAGCGUUCUUUACUCAUCAUUGCAGGCUCGUAUCCCAUUUCUGGGUCGUAUCCCCUUGCGGGCUCUUACCCUCUUGCCGGUUCGUAUACUCGCGGACGUUCGUAUCCCCUUGCAGACUCGUACCCCCUUGCUGGCUCGUAUCCCCUGAAGCCUCGUAUCCCCUGAGGGUUCGUAUCCCCUGAAGGCUCGUACCCCCUUGCUGGCUUGUAUCCCCUGAAGGCUCGUAUCCCCUUGCAGACUCCAAUACUCUUGAAGGCUCCAAUCCUCUUAAAGGCUCGUUUCCCCAGACCCCUUACAGGCUCGUACCCCCUAGUUGGCUCGUAUCCCCUGAAGGCUCGUAUCCCCUGAAGGUUCGUAUCCCCUUGCAGACUGUGUCCCCUGAAGGCUCGUAUCCCCUUGCCGGCAUCAAUACCCUUAAAGGCUCGUUUCCCCAGACCCCUUGUAGGCUCGUACCCACCUUGUAUGCUCAAAUUUUAAUUAAUUUAAUGUCCAGGUGUUAUAAUAAGUUGUGAAAUUGACUGUUGAUGACACAUUAUUCAAUAUGUUAAAUGACAAAUACCUUAUAGUUUGACCACUUUGGGCUUGUCAGUCUUGUACAAUGUCUUUGUUUUAUCAUGUUUAUGAACCUUUGAAAGGAGUUAAUAAAGCUUUAGAAGUAAUAUCGUUAAAAUGUAUUUGUAAUACUCACUUUAUUAUCUCUUAUUAGAUGUUAAUACAUGUACUUUUAUAAUUAUAUGGUAUAACCCAAUAUUAGAAACCUUAACAAAAACAUGGAUAAUUUACUGGAUAAGUCCAUUUUUAACCAUUUUCUUAUACUUUCUGAAAACUUAUUUUCAUUUCAUGUCAUUAACAAAUUGAUCAUUUUGUGUAUUUACCCAUAUCUGUUUGUUUUGAAAUGAAUAAACUCGUUAUUAUUGUU